AUGGAUACUGGAAUUCGUCGUCUUGUUAAAUUUCAACGUGAUCAUCAACAUACUUCUUGUUUAAACAUAAAAUACGAUGAACUACUUGCACAACCGAUCGAUACGAUUCGUCGCAUUUACAAUUACUAUGGUCUUGCAUGGUCAGAAGAGUUUGAAACAGCUAUGGUUGCAUGGCUUCGCGAUAAUCCUCAAGGAAAACAGGGUCGAGCUACAUCGGAUCCGUUUGAUGAAGAUUGCUUGUAUCUAAAUAUUUGGACACCUCAUACUCUAUUACCAUCAACAUCAACUGGAUAUCCUGUCAUGUUAUGGAUGCAUGGAGGAGGUCUUCAAGAAGGUAGUUCAACGCAAAUAAUUUAUGAUGGACUUAGUUGGAAAAAUGCUGCUAUUCUAGCCAAUAAAUCAUUUAUUUUGGUCAGUAUCAAUUAUCGUCUCAAUGUUUUUGGAUUCUUUACUCAAUCGGCUUUGAUCGAUGAUAAUGGUCAAACAAUUGCAAAUCGAGCAUUUAGUGAUCAACGUAUGGCAAUGAAAUGGAUUCAAGAUAAUAUUGGAUAUUUUGGAGGUGAUAAGAAUAAAGUUACUCUAGCUGGUCAAUCUCGUGGAUCUCAAUCAGUUUGUAUUCAUAUUAUAUCACCAUUAUCAGUUGAUUUAUUCCAUACUGCAAUACUCGAAAGUGGAUUUUGUGAUGCUACAUCUUAUAUGCAUGAUAAACAGUGUACAACUAUAUCAUUAUCAACAACACUUGUUUUACUUUUCACAGAAUUAUAUGCAUAA